UCGCGUAAAAUCUGUUGACGCAAUUUAAUUUUUUCCUCUUUUCCGACGCGACAACCCCGGAACCCGGGAGCUAUUUUAUUUCUGCAAAAAAAUCUCUCCUGCGAGUAAACGAAUAGAAACAGUCAAAUCUCUGACAGAGUCGGUGGAGCGGUUGGUCUGGAGGAUAUGAUGUUCAUCACAUUUGAGGAAUGAGUCGCGAGGGAUUAAAACCAGCAAUCUUAAGAAUCUGUGGAAUGUUAUUUGGAGACCUCAGUUGAUUACAAACUUACCAACACUUGUUGAAUAAGACUCUGCGAACAUGAGGUUAGAAAGAUGAACAUGUCUGAGGAGCAAAUAAACUGCACUAUAAGCCACGAGAUUCACCAGUACCUGUUUUCGGGUGCGUACAUCCUCGUCCUGCUAGUGGGUCUUCCCGCCAAUGCUUACUCACUCUACCAUGCCUGGCUGCAACUGAAAGCCCGCAAUGAGCUGGGGGUCUACUUGUUAAACCUGACCAUAUCCGAUCUGCUGUACCUGGCCUCCCUGCCCCUCUGGCUCCAGUAUAUCUUCCAAGGGGACAACUGGAGCAGCUCUGAGUGGCUCUGCCAACUGUGUGGUUUCCUGCUCUACGAGAACAUCUAUGUCAGCAUUGGUUUUCUGUGUUGUAUCUCGAUUGACCGUUACCUGGCAGUGGUCUACCCUUUCCGCUUCUCGGCUUUCCGAUCGGUACGAGCAGCAGCGCUGGUCAGUGCGGUGGUCUGGCUCAAGGAGCUUGCCGUAGGAGUGGUGUUCUUCUGGCACAAGGAGCUCAGCAGGGACAAGCAUAACCAAUCUGUGUGCUUUGAGCACUAUCCCAUGAAGACAUGGGAGUACCCAAUAAAUUACUACCGUUUUUACAUAGGUUUCCUGUUUCCUUUAGGAAUCCUCUCCGUGUCGUACUUUCGAGUCCUCCGAGCAGUGGGCAAGAGUGCAGGCACACAGACUGCCCAGAAAACUCGCAUCAAGUACCUGGUGACCAGCACCAUCGUCAUCUUCCUGGUUUGCUUCUCACCAUACCACGUCUUCCUGCUGGUACGCACCAUAUUUGAGCGGAACUGCGACUUCAUUGAGAAAAUGUUCAACUACUACCAUUUCUCUCUGUUGCUUACUAGUUUCAACUGUGUGGCGGAUCCAGCGCUCUAUUGUUUUAUCAGUGAGAGUGCCCAAAAGGGCAUCCAGAAGGCUCAGAAAGCUUGUACUCGGGUAUUCUGCUGUUGCUCAAAAAGUCAUGGAAGGUUCAACACGCACUCUACUGAGCUUGCAGUCACCAAUGAUAAUGUUACAGGUACCUCAGUAGUGACACUCUUGCAGCAGAUCAAAACUGAUGUUUGA